AUGUCCGAGACCAAGCUACCAAAAGAGUCCCUUCCCUCUGGGUACUCAUUUGUGCCCAAGGGUAACGUCUACAUAACUGGCCACUGUCGAAGAUUGACAAAAGCAAGUGGCCGCUCUGUCUAUGUUGUCAUCGAUGGGAAGAAGCAACAAAUUGGGCUCGGCGUGCCAACCGACGUUUACGUGGGCGUGCAGUUUCAAGAGAUAAAUACCCGUACCGAUAGGACUGCCAAUGUGUUGAAGCGAGAUGAGACUAUUACCAAGACUUUUCAGAAGGAGGUCCUGAAGAUUUACCCUCGGAUUCCUGCUGAAUCAUUGCGAAAUGUGUUGAAGAUGGCGCUAAAGAAGGGCAAGGGAAAGGUAGGCAGGGCGGGAAAGCUCAACGUACACCACAAAGUGCGUCUGGCUGUGCGAGCACAUGUCCGCCACUGCGAAACCGAGUAUGAUUCGCUACUCAAAUCAGGAGUCGCGCGAGAAGACGCAAGGCAGCAAGUCGAGCCAAAGAUCAGAGAAGUUUGCCUGGCUUGGGGAGAUGGAACCUCGACGAAACUUGGAAAUCCUGGCAAGGCACAGAACCGCCCCGCUAGACACGACACAAAAGCCUCACAGCCGAAGAAGCAGGCGAAUCAACGCAUCUCCAGGAAGACAACGACAAAUUCACAAGCUUCCAGCUUGAAUGUUGCUGUUGGAGAUGCUGUCACUACAAAAGCAACAAAAACGGUCACGCAAAGCACAGGCCACGAAAGUUAUGCACGCAGGAAUGCAAAGCGGGCAUACCGAUUGAAGAAAUCAAUUACCAAGGUGGCAACGAAUCAUAAAGAACCAAAGAAGCAGCAAAAAACAAAACCAAAGAUUGCUAGCCCCGAAGCGGUCGCCACAGCAGCGAGCUUUCGAGAGAGGAGAACGCCCAGGCCCAUGAUGAUCAGCCCCUCCCGCCCAGUUCACCUGGAGUGA